GGAAAGGGGGCGGCCGCGCGGGCGGAACGUGUGAAUGCGAAAGCGAAAGUGACGGUGCGGAGCUGAGCUGCUUGCAGGAAGGGGCGAUCGGCGAGGCUGUUUUCCGCUUCUUCUGUUCGGAUUCUUUCCCUCCCUGCCUGAACAAGACCCCCCAACAACGCCACGAUGGCCAAAUCCUGCACCAUCCAAGUCAGCAAGGAGUCCCGUGAAAAGGUGCGGAGUUUGGGGGGGGAGGGGAAACUGGGUGUAAAUCGGAGAGAGAAGGCUGGCAGGGGGUCAAAUGGAAGGUGCUCUAAAAAUAGGGUGCGGGGACUAAGGUUCUUGCCCGGAUCUGGUGGCUUCUGAGAAACGAGAGUGCCUCUGAGCAUGUGCUGAGGGUUAGUUAUAACUAAGCAGCCCGUUCCUCCCACCACCACCUCAUUGCUCGUUUUCAGGCACGGACCAACCGGGGGAACCGACCUGCAAUUCCUACAAAUGCAUUUAUUUGCUUCGAUUCUAUGCCACCCUUUUCUCCCAGGAGCUCAAGGUGGUCUCUGUGGUUCUUCUCCCCCUCCUCGUUUAAUCCCCCCACAACAACCUUUGCAAGGUAGGUAGGUAGGUUAGGCAGUGACUGGCGCAAGGCCACAUCCAGUGGCUGAGCAGGGAUUCGAACCCAGCUCUGACAGGUUCUCGUUUGACACUUAACCACUAGGCCACACUCCCUCUCUCUUAUCCCAGAUUUGGAGGGGCCCUCUGCUUACUGCUGGGCGGAAAGGCACUCUGCACAUGCUUGGGGGCGUCUUCAGUUAUAUUCCCCACCUGAGGGCAAAAAGCAGGCUCUGAAAGGGGGGAGAAUAGGUCAGGAAGGUGUUUUCCCACCCCAGAAUGGUCUGUGGGGACUUACUCCUAGGAAAACAAGACAUAGGGGUGCAUUGCUGUUGAAGCUGGUGUGGUUAGCUUUCAAAUCAGCAGGGUGAGGACCGCAGGCUUAUUUCCAUUAUUUUCAGCUUAUGAGUCAGUUAUAAUUUAUAGCUAUGUUGCCAGAGACCUGAUAGCUGAGUUGGUAGAGCACGAGAUUUAUAAUCUCAGGGUUGUGGGUCCGAGACACACAUUGGACAAAAGAUUCACACAUUGCAGACCCAUGGGGGUCCCUUGCAAAUAUACAAUUCUGUGUGCCUCCUGGGACCUAUAGGAAUCCAGUUAUAGGAGAGGAAUCUAUUUGUUGCAAGGGUGGGUGUAACUCUACUGGCACCAUAAUAAUAAUAAUAAUAAAUUUAUUAUUUAUAUCCCGCCCAUCUUGCUGGGUUUCCUCAGCCACUCUGGGCGGCUUCCAGCAAAAUAUUAAAAUGCAAUAAUCUAUUAAACAUUAAAAGCUUCCCUGAACAGGGCUGCCUUCAGAUGUCUUCUAAAAGUCUGGUGGUUGUUUUUCUCUUUGACAUCUGGUGGGCGGCGUUCCUGUCCUUCGUAUUUUAUUUCAGCCUCCACCCCGCUACAGAAAUCCCCUGUUUUUUCUUAGAGGGACGUGUCUGCACUUCUGCUAAUUAUUUACCUCAGGCGUGGCUAAGGGUGGCUUUCAGCCUCGAGGGCCAGAUUCCAAAAUGUUCAGGGGCCACAUGGCGAAAAUGGGUCUGGCCACACAUAAAAAAGACCCUCUCACAUAAUAGUAAUUAUUUUUAUUUUUGUUUUGUUUUAUUUAUACCCCACCCAUCUGGCUAGGUUUCCAUGCACAAAGGCAAACAGCCCCUUUGAUGAUCUGUGCAGGGGGAAUCUCUUUUGGAAAAUCCGCCACGUCUACUUAUAAUUCCGCUCCCCUUUUCGUUGAUGCCCAAAUCUUGGAUCUUGGGGAACGGCAGAAAAGGGAACCCACUCGGUGGCGGAUCAGAGAGGGUUAGCCGCACCUGAUUUACAUAGACUGCUAUUUUAUUUGGGCUACGUAUACACCAUAAAAUAAAAUCAUAUUAAGACACCCCGCUCCUCAAGAAUCCUGGGAAAUGAAGUUUGUUAAGGGUGCUGGGAAUUAUAGCUCAGUGGGUGGUGGUGGUGUGAACUACAAUUCCCAAGUUUCUUGGAGGUACAGUAUAUGGUUUAAAUGAAUGUGUGUUUUUUAAAAAAAGCCUGCACGGAACAUGUUGAAGUCAAUAUUAAAACAUGUUUGGACUAAUAAUAAUAAUAAUAAUAAUUUUUAUUUAUACCCCGCCCUCCCCAGCCAAGGGCCCUCCUCAGGGCGGCUAUAUCUGUAUAGAUGGGGUCUAUUCACUGCUUUGUGGAAUUUUUCUGGCAGGAUUCCUAAAAUAUGACGGACUUUUUUUAUCCAGGGAAACAUUGCUAUUCCAGAGAACAUGUGUGUUAUGUGCUGCUGUUCUGUAACAUUCGUGCUGAGCCCCAGAAGCGGCCACAUUUCACAAUCUCUCUUUCUCUCCCUUAGAUGGCUGUUUUCAGAGCGUCCCUUUUGCAAGAGGUAAACCUCUUUCGCUUUAUAAUCCCGCCCCUCAAAUCUCUCCAAAUACCCCUCUCCCAAAAGGUAAUUUGUUUCUUUUAAUUCCCCCCCGCCCCCCCGCUCAUCUUGCAGGGCGAAGAAUUUCUCUGCUCGUUUUUGCCCAGGAAAAUACUGCAAUUGGAUCAGUUCGUGAAGGUAAGAGAACACCAGCAGGACCCCUCAGGAUGGCCAGAUCCUUUUUCGGAGACGAAUUUAUAUAACUCCCCCUUCUCUCUCCCUUUAUCUUUUUUUUUUUUAAAACAUUUUUUAUUGAUUUUAACAUAUAAAUUAUAAAAUGUACCACAAAACUUAUCACUUAUACAAUCUUUUUGGACUUCCAUCAGCACCUCUGAUGAUCCACCGUUUUAACCACUUCUUAUGCAUUUCUUAACUUUAUAUUGCCUUUACAUCUCUUAACAAAUCAUCCUCCCCCUUCUCCAUUUUUGCAAUACUUCCAAUAAUACUCCUCACAAAACUUCUUGCAAACCUACAAAAGUCGUCUGAUCUUCACAAAUACUUUUCAAAUAGUCUGUAAAUUUACUCCAGUCUUCCGUGAAUGUCUGGUCCCGCCGGUUUUGAAUCCUUCCUGUUAGUUUAUCUAAUUCUGCAUAGUCCAUUAACUUCAUCCUCCAUUCUUCAAUCGUCGGUAAUGCUUCUUGCUUCCAUUUUUGGGCCAGUAAUAUUCUUGCUGUUGUUAUUGCAUAUAAAAAGAGCUUAUAUUCCUUUCUAUUUAUAUCACUCCCAACAAUGCCCAGUAAAAAUGCUUCUGGUUUCUUUAUAAAUGUAUAUUUCAACAUUUUUUUCAUCUCAUUAUAUAUCAUCUUCCAGAAGCAUUUCACCUUUUUACAUUUCCACCACAUGUGAUAAAAUGUUCCCUCUUUUUCUUUACAUUUCCAACAUUUAUUACUGACUUUAUACAUUUUCGCUAACUUCUCUCUCCCUUUAUCUUGAUCCCUGUCUCCUUAUUUAUUUUCUUGCUUACAUUUGCACUUAAAAAGUUAUAUUUACACCCCACCCCGUCCAUGUUUUUUCUCCUUUCCUCAUUUUAACCUCACAACACCCCUGUGAGGUAGGCCACAGUGAGAGUCUGUGUCUGGUCCAAGGUCGUCCAGUGAGCUUCAUAGUUGUGUGAGGACUUGAAGCCCAAACUCCCAGGUCCUGAUGCAAUAUUUGAGCCACACAGACUUUUUUCCUGUUUCCCUUUCUUUCUCUAAAACCAAUUCCUUCCUUCCUAUUCCCCUCAGAGAACUACAAGUCCCAGAGUUCCUUGGGGAGAGGGAUCAAUGGUUAAACCCCUCUGCAAAUUCCAGCUCUGGAUCGCCAAACAACUCAGCAGCGCCCUUAAUAAACUACAGCUCCCGUAAUUUCUCUGGGGUGAAACCACGACUCUGGGGUGAAACAGACGCUGCUUCAGAUCUGUAAUGUAGAUUAGGCCCCAGAGAGCAGUUAUGGGGCCUUCCCAAGUCCUAGUCCGGUGCUCCAACCACUAUACCACACUGCCUUUGCAUAGCUGCCCUGUAACCAUAGUUCUCUUUUCAGGAAGGGGCGCUGAACGUUAAAGAUUUGACCACCCUCCAUGCCCCGCUGGACAUCCCCAUUCCAGACCCCCCUCCCAAAGAUGAUGAGGUGAGUUGUUUGAGGGGUCUUCUUCUCUAACCCCCCCCCAAGAAAACCCAAGAUGCACCUGCAAGGAUAAGGAUCAGGGCCGCAUUUAGGUUUGAUGAGGCCCUCAGCUACUGAAGGCAAUGGGGCCCUUUAUAUGUCCAGCUGUCCUUUGUCAACAACAAAUUGUCGCUGUUUUUGGGGUUGAAUAUAUGCUAUAUGGUCAUUUAUGGACCGAAUAGGUAUCUAAAGCCAUUUGCACAUAAUAGGAGCCUACACAACACAAAACACUGUUGCUGUAUGUAGGUUUUAUUUUAUUUGGUUUUUUAUCUUAUAUUUUGGAAAUGUACAUCCAGGGGUUUUUUUCCCUUUAAAUUUUUUUUGGGCCCACAAGAGAGUGGGGCCGUAAGCUAUAGCUUGUUUAGCUUAUACGUAAAUCCAGCACUGAUAAGGAUGUAAUAGCAUUUGCUGGUGUUUGUUUUUGUCAUACAGAUGGAGACAGAAAAGGAGAAGGACAAGGAAGGUGAGAGAGGGGUCCUCCGUCGGAAGGAAGGGAAAUAAGAUUUUGGGAUGAGCGCAGAUAAUAUUCCAUUGCAUUUUGGGGACUGACUUUCACUUUCUGCCCCCUGCAGCUCCAAAAUGCGGUUACCUUAAGGCCAACGAAGCAAUCAUUUCGCUUUUGGAUCGCGUCAAACCCGAAGUCCGGGAGUUCAAAGAGAAAUGCAUACUGGUAAAUAUUUUUUCCCCUUUUCCUUUUUUACGACAUGCACGACGCAGAAAGCGCGGUCCUAGCGACGAGCGGAAAUUAAAACGUAAAAAGCGAAACUCUAAAAUCACGUCGGUUCGGGAAAGCUUGUAAAAAGACGAAAUUUUAAAAAAACACCUGUGUUUACCUGUGGCUUAAGCAACGGAAAGCCCAGAUCGUCAAAGGAAGGGAAAAGGUGAAGAUAAAAAUUGCCUUCAGAUAGAAUAUCAGCGUUAUUUGGUUGCCACGGCUAGUCAAGAUUUGCAAGGCUUGUCUUGGGGAAGGUAUGCGUAACGAAGGAAGGGCCAAAUUGUAUAAAAAGUGCCUGGAGGCUGUAGUCUGUUAAAAAUCUUAUAUUAUGUGUGGUUUUUCUCAGGGGUGCAUCUGGGCUAGCUGGCAAAAAUGAGCCCUUCGCUCGAUGCUCCCUCAGUUUUCUUUCUCCACGUUCCCCUCAGGUGACAACCUGGAUUCAAUACAUGAUUCCCAAAAUCGAGGACGGCAACGAUUUUGGCGUAGCGGUUCAGGUAAGAGGAAGCAAGGCGCUCAGAGAAUGUGCCCCUCGCCUGGCGCCGAUCCACAGCCUGCCCCCUCAUCGAACACAGCAAGGCAACCAAACUACCACUGACAAUUAUGUCCCUAGACAUCCUCAAAGCCUUCGAUUGCAUAGAAUGGCAAUACCUAUUAGCAGUACUAACUAGCAUGAAAUUUGGCCCCAACUUCCUACAAAUCCUCAGACAAAUAUACUCCCAAGCCUCAGCAAAAUGCAGAACUAACGAUAUGGACUAUAGCGAUCCAAAGAGGCACAAAACAAGGGUGCCCACUGUCUCCCUUCUUAUUUAUCCUGGUUCUGGAACCCUUAGCAAUCCGAAUCCGAGCAGCCACAGACAUCAAGGGAGUGGAAAUAAAAGGCAGAACCUAUAAAUUAGGGCUCUUUGCAGACGACCUAAUGGUCACAACACCAGACCCCAUAAGCACAGCAACCUCCCUAACCGGAGAACUCAACACAUUUGCAAUGGUGUCAGGCCUGCAGGUAAAUUUUGCAAAGUCAGAAGCUAUGUGCUUCAACACCCCUCCUCACACCCCAAAAGAAUUCACUAAUGUCACCAAGAUAAAACUUUGCCACACCAAGUUCAGAUACCUAGGGGUACAAAUAACCAGAAACCUCAAUAAACUAUACCUCCACAACUACAAGCCCCUGUGGCGACAAAUAAACAAAGACCUAAAAAGAUGGAACAACAUGAAUUUCACUCUCUCAGACAAAAUAGUCACGAUCAAAAUGAUCACAGCCCGCCCCUUGCCACCCCAAAAGCACAACUCGUCUUGUUUCUUUCCUCUUGACAGGAGAAGGUUCUGGAACGGAUCACAGCCCUGAAGACCAAGGCAGAGGCUUUCCAGACCACUAUUGCCAAGUAAGAGGAAAGGAUGAGAGGGUAACCACAGGGUAUUCUGGGUAAUUUGUCCUCAGGACCGUUCUGCGUAUUAGCACUUUGUUCUGGAGCACUUUUUGUUUCAUUUCACUUUUAGUCUGUUCUGGGUGACAGUCUAGCAGUAGAGCAGGUAACACGGAUUCUGACCAUUGGCAUCAUUCUUCAUUCCAGGUAUUUUUUAGAGCGUGGAGAUGCCGUCGCAAAGGCUUCCAAGGAUACCCAUGUGGUGAGUAACAGAAUAACAGAAGUCCUUCCACUCUGACUUUGGGGGAUCAGUUGAGGAGCGUCAUAGAGUUAAUAGAAUUGUAGAGUUGGAAGGGACCCUGCGGAUCAUUUAGUCCAACCCCCUGCAAUGAAGGAAUAUGCAUCCGUCCCGUAUGGGGAUUAAACCUGCAACCCUGGCAUUAUCAGCACCAUGCUCUAACCUGUUGGAAUUUUUAAGGCAACCAAAACUCCUUUCCUUGGGUCCAAGUACCGGGCCCCUUUUUUUAGCAGAUUAACACACAGCUUCCAAGCAUGUAGGAGUCCCAAGUCUUGCAUGGAGUAUAGAAAUCAAUCGCAGGAAGUGUUUUGGUACAACAGCAUAGCUGUCAACUUUUCCAUUUUCUUGCGAGGAAUCCUAUUCAGAAUAAGGGAAUUUCCCUUUUAAAAAAGGGAAACGUUGACAGCUAUGUAUAAUAAUAAUAAUAAUAAUAAUAAUAAUAAUAAUAAUAAUUUAUUAUUUAUAUCCCACCCAUCUGGCUGAGUUUCCCCAGCCACUCUGGGCGGCUCCCAAUCAAGUGUUAAAAACAGUACAGCGUUACAUAUUUAAAACUUCCCUGAACAGGGCUGCCUUAAGAUGUCUUCUGAAUGUCAGGUAGUCUUUACAACAGAAGUCUUUACUGUCGUUCUUAAGCAUCACGGUUACAAACUCUACAUGCAUUUAUCAGAUCCCUGAUGGAGGUUCAGCUUCAUCUUAACACUCUGGGCCUGACCCUAAAAGCUGCCAAACCAGUCUCUUUACAUCUUCCCACUGUGAUAGCAGAGCUAAACAUCUCUCUGUCCAGCCUGGAAGCAGCACAUGUGUAGAAAUCAUUCUUCAGAGUGGCCUUGUACCUGCUGUAAACAACUUAGCUUCUCGCAGCUUCACAUAUUGUUGUUUCUGAGAAUGAAUGACUCUCACCCAACAUAACCUGCUGAGCUCUCCAGGCUGAGUGAUUUAAGCCUUCCUUUAGGCUUUCUCGAAAGCAUUCAAGCUCAAGAACUCGAUCUUGGCCAGGAGAAACUUUUUAACGUCCUUGAAAUGGUGUCCCUGGUUGUGAUCUGACUUAUCCCCUUGCAGAUGGAUUACCGGUGUCUCGUUCAUGAGCGGGAUGAGGCCGUGUACAGGGAAAUCCAGAUGAUGUUGCUCGAUAUCCGUGGGUUCUAUGUGAGUAUGCUAGGACAGAGGUGACGGGUUAGUACAGUAGUCGAAAAAGAGGGAAAUAGCAGAGCGCAACCAAGAAAAAUAUCUUAGCGCUUACAAGUGUUCUGCCAUCCGCUGCAGGCUGAGCUCUACCACAUCUUGAGCAAAAACCUGGAGAAAUUGACCAACCCCAAAGGUGAAGAGAAGCCAUCCAUGUACUGAUUCCGAAAUCUGUGACAACCACCUCUGCCAACUUCUCCUAUCUUUCUUUGGGUGUUUUGCUGUCAUGGGGAAACCAGAGCAAUAUGGGGUAAAAAGAAAAGGAUUUUUUGGUAGUGGGGAGAGAGUCUAAAAGUGGAUUCACAAAUGUCUGUGGCUGAGUAUGAAUAAUGCCUUAAUGUGUGGCCUUUUCUUUCUUACAAAAGUUCUGUGAAAUGAAACAUAAUAAGAGCUGGAGAAAUCCAAGUUUUCACUAGCUAUGGUUUUUUUUAAUUGCUUGAAUCUAGAACCACUGUGAACCCUCUCACUUUAGCACAGCCACCCCCAAGCUGGUUUCCCUCCAGAUAUUGUGGACUACAACUCCCAUCAUCCACUACAAACGUGCUGGCUGAGGCUGAUGGGAGUUGUAGUCCAAAACGUCAGAAGAGCACCAAGUGCUCGCUUUGUAAUCAGAUUAAUUUAGCCUGCUCCAGUCUCUGUUAAGAUCAUCACAUUCAUCUAAGAAAUCCAUAUAGCAGAGACUUUAAACAAUAUUUUUCAUUUUUGUGCUCUGAAUUUCUGUGCCUGGUGGCUGUUUUCUGCCAUUUGAAAGCUUGUGAUACUUUGGAAAUGACUACUUUGUCUCAUAAUAAUAAUAAAAACAAAAACAUGCCUUGUUUAA